GAGAACGUCGCCACGUGACUUAUCCUGGCUCACCUCCUUAUGUGGAAGUAGGUUGACAGUCUACGCUUACAACAAACGUCAAUGUCACAGUGUCGUGGGAUGAAAGGACAGUAAAAAGUUCUAGAUGAUGGAGGAUUAUCCAUUAAAAACUUUGGAGAUCGUUUGUCUUGGGUCAAGCCUUGCUCUCUCUGGUCUCUUCUAUUACAUCUACAGGAAGAAACGGAAAACGGUGGACAAGCUCAAUGAAGCACCACAAUUAGCACUAGAUGAAGAACUGGCAAAUCUUCUCAAUCAGGCCCCUGGGAAAUGCCUGCAAUAUGUAGUCAUUGAAGGCGCGGUGCAGCCGAUAGGUGAGCCCCUGAGGAGCCAGUUCCAGGAGGCCAGUGUGGGCGUCAUUCAGAAGCUGGUGCUACGGGAGCACAAGCUAGUGUGGAACAGCCUGGCACGCACCUGGACGGACAGCGAGCGCGUGCUGCACCAGCGGGUCAACGCCGUGCCCUUUAACAUGGUGGGCUCGGGCCAGGCGGCGGUGCGCGUGCUGUGCCCGCUGGAGGCCACGGGCCCCGAGAUGGAGGUGAUCCACGAGAAGUUCCACCAGGCCACCUACGGCUUCACUGACCUCAUUGGCCAGUACCUGAGCGGGGAGAAGCCCAAGGGACAGCUGGAGACAGAGGAGAUGCUGAAGGUGGGUGCAGCGCUGACCGGCGUGGGCGAGCUCAUCCUGGACACGGACCGGGCGGUGAAGCUGCGUCCGCCGGCCGAUGGCUCCGAGUACUUCUUGAGCACGGGCGACUUUGAGACACUGCGGCUGGAGCAGGAGGGCCAGGCGCUGGUGUGGCGCGCGCUGGCGGCGACGUGCGCCCUGGCCGGCGUGGCCGUGCUGCUGUGGGCGGCGCGGCGCUACUACCGUCGCCUGCAGGUCAAGUGGGAGCGCGAGCGGCUGCGCCGGGAGUUUGAGCGCCUGGACACCCGUGCCGGCCGGGCGACGUCGCCAUCGUCGGCGAACGGAGGAGAGGAGGAGGAAGGCGAGCCGGAGCCGCUGGAGAACGCCUGCGUGGUGUGCCUGAAUAACCCGCGCAGCUGCGUGCUCCUGGACUGCGGACACGUGUGCUGCUGCUUCAGCUGCUACCAGGCGCUGCCCCAGCCCACCUGCCCCAUCUGCAGGCAGACCAUCACGAGGGUUGUGCCCCUCUACCAGGUCUGACCCACACACACACACACACAUGGGGACUCAAGAAGGACUGGAUGAAGGUAUGCAUCCCAACUCCUACCAUGGACAUGUACUGUCUCUCUCUCAUACACACAUACUGUAGGGCUAAGCGCUCAUCACUAAAGAGGUGUAUUUGUAGAGGGAGCCUGACCUGGUUGACAGAUGUCAGAGGCAAAGAAACAUAUAUAACUAUAUCAUUUCUCUUUACAUACCAUGUAGGAAACACACAUGGUACACAAAGAGGGACUGAGUAAACAUAACGUAAAUAUUUAAGCAUGUGUAGACAUACACAUACACACACACACGUACGUACAGUACGUGUGUAAAUACUACUAAUAAUGUCCAUCUGCACACCUGUUGGGACUGAUUUCUGUAAAUAGUGUCAAUUCAUGGCGGCUGUGCAUUUAAUGCAGUAGGCACUGUAAUAUGUCUUGUGUAAUAGUUCAUGACUGACCAUACGCACAAAUUCUGCAUCUGUCAAAUGUGAAUUUUACAGUAGAAUGGUUACAUCAAUCUUACUCACUUAAGUAUUUUCUCUCAAGAAAUGUAUUUGUAGAUACCAGUAACUUAAGAGGGUUGUACACUUCCCCCUUCCACCUUUUAAAAUCUUCUAGAGAUGUUAUUUUCAUACAAUUGUGAGCUUUGUGCCUUAAUUUGUUAAUAAAAAUAGCUGUCUAUGCACCAUGUUUCAGAUGGAUACUGAUUGAAAGCUCUGUGUUAUAUUUCCGCUGGAGAGUUCUCAGCUUGGCUAUGGCAUAUUUACAGAGCUCUAGGACUGGGUGCUCUCUAUGGACUUUUGAAUAAAACAUCUCAGAUCUGA